AGUGACAAGUGUUCUAAAGCUGUGUUGGACGAAUUGAUUUCUUUAUACAGAUAGAAUAAGACGAGCUCAUUGUUGAAAGAUGGCACAGUGGCCUAUCUCUACCUCACAGAAAGAGGAACGAAUGGAUUUUUCUUCAAAGCUUCGUGAAAAGCCAGUUACAUUUUGGUUGUCAAAAGUUUACGUCAACGAACAUCGCUACAAGUUUGAUUGCAAAGGAGUAAUAUCUUCAUAUUUUGGUACUCAACGAACCAAUAUACCAUGCAGGGUUUCCGUGGUUGGUUGCAUCUCACAACCAAAUGAGGAUGGAUGCAAUCUUAUUCGUAAAGUUCAAACCCGGAUUGACUCCCAGCAAUAUAUUAAUUUUCUCUUGGAGGUGAUGGCAUCUUACCCAACAGUGGAGCCCAUUACAGUCGUUCACAAUAAAUAUCCAGUUUAUAGCAGUCUCAAAGUUACUAAAUGGCUCGGAGAAAAUCCAAGAAUGUCUGUUCUGGAUAGCUGGCCACCAGCUAGUGGUGAUUUGAUGCCAAUGGAUGCAGUGUUCUCAAAAAUCUUGACAGAGUUCGACGAACAAGAAAUGCGUGUACACAGUGAAAAAGAUCUUUAUGAAGAAAUCAAAAACACAUUUGUUUCUUUAACUGAAAAAGAUGGUUAUGUAAAGUCUAUUAUUUCCCAAAUUCCAAUUAAGUUGCAAAAGAUUUUGUUGAAGAAAGGUGAGUCAGUGUGAGUCACCGAUUGAAACAUUAAUUGAUUUCUUGAUCAGGGAAAUAAAAACACAAGAGAUGUUAUCUCGAUUAA